CUUCCUCACCAGUUAAGAUGUCAAUCCAAGGUGAUAGCGCUCAUGAGGGACAAGAGUCCACACCACCUCCAAGCCUUUGGAAAGUAGCAUGGACGAACAACAAAGGAAUAUUCCUGAUCAUCCUUGCCCAAGGAGUCGGAUCUACAAUGGACGCGAUCGUAAGAUUUCUGCAACAAGGAGGGCACGGAAUGCAUCCUUUCCAAGUCAUUUUCGCCCGCAUGAGCAUGACAUUUCUCUUGAGCACAUUUUACAUGUGGUGGGUUAAGGUUCCUGACUUCCCACUCGGGAAGCCAAGUGUCAGAGGGUGGCUUACACUACGUGCGAUAUGUGGAUUCUUUGGACUAUUUUGUCUAUAUUACUCAGUCCAUUAUUUGCCACUUGCAGAAGCCACAGUCUUCAGAUUCCUGACUCCCAUAGUCACUGCUUGGGCGUGUUCUAUAUUCUUGGGCCUGGUCUUCACAAAGAAAGAACUCGCCGCUGGACUGAUCGCCCUGGUUGGUGUGGUAUUCAUUGCUCAUCCAAAGAGCAUCUUUGGGCCUGUCGAGGAUCAUGCUCACGCCAUGGAAGCUCGUCCGAUCGAUGAGGUAUCUUCUGCUCAGCGCGUUAUUGCUGUUGCAGUAGCCUUGGUUGGUGUAAUAGGGCAGUCAGGUGCCUACACCAUGAUCAGGGUGAUCGGAAAUGAAGCCCAUGCGCUAAUUUCUGUCAAUUACUUCGCCGUUCUGGCUACUGUUGGGUCUGCUUUGGCUCUUCUUGUCGUCCCUGGCAUUGCAUUCACGAUGCCUCAUGGCGUACGGGAGUGGGUCCUUCUUACGCUUUUAGGUAUUCUGGGAUUCAUUCUCCAAUUUCUGUUAACUGCUGGGUUGCAGAUGGACAAAAGCAGCAAAGCAACGAGCAUGUUAUACACGGGAAUUCUGUUCGCCCUGUCAUUUGAUUGGGCUAUCUGGGGUGUUCUACCCGGCAUGUGGAGUUUGUUCGGGGGAUUCAUCAUCAUCGCGAGCACUCUGUGGUCAGCGUUACAGAAAUCUGAAGGGCUGCCUGUGAAAACCUCCAAAACCGUUGCAGAUGAGGAGCGUGCCCUUCUUGGGGCUCAGAGGGAGGACGAAGAAGGAGCAACCCAUACGGUCAGAUAAUUCAGGGAGUACCACGAUUAGAGGUUCUAACCCAGCCUGUCUGAACGAAGCUGUCGAGGGGAAAGACUGAUGGCCAGGAACGCGCAAAAGAGGCUUGCAUUUACUUUGGACUCGUGAAGGUUUCAAUGGUCCGAGAGAUGGAUGAGCCAUAUGUCGCGAGCACACCCAGAAACGAUAUGUUGGCGCCUCCUUGAUCAAUUUAGGUAUCUUUCGUGGGCAGUCUUUGCAGUGUCAAGUAGCUGAUGCUCAUGACAAGGAAUAUCUCGCUAAAAUGCCCAUCUUUAGUCCUUUCGUAAGUGGCAGGGUCAAAUGUUGGACCAACAUCUUUCAAAACGUUUCAUUGGCUACCGACUAGGGAUGCACG